AUGGCUUGGCGUUCCUAUGUCUUCGGAUCCGGUCUAAAUCUGCCUGGAAUAGUCAAUAAAUGCUUGAUUGCUCAUAAAAUUGAGCGAAUCUCAGAAAAGGAAAAAAUAGCAAACGAAAUCGCGUACCAAAUCGACCAUUAUUUGCGACGGAGAGACAACUGGGAUGGGACAUCGAGCAGAGUCGUGUCUCUUAUAAAAAUGCUGAUGUGGUCUGGGGGACGGAAACACGGAAACUAUUUGUCUUUUGCAUACUGCAUCACCAAAACACUUUUCCUCCUCAACGCGUUUGGUCAAUUUUUUCUGCUGAACAGAUUUUUGGGCUUUCAGUUUCACAUGUACGGUUUCCACAUUCUGAACGAGUACAUUCACGGAAAAGAAAUAAACGAGUCCUCUUUCUUCCCGCGGGUGACCUACUGCGAUAUCCCCGAACGGACCAUCAAACAAACACACAUCUACACAGUCCAAUGCGUCCUUCAACAAAAUCUAUUCUCAGAAAAAAUAUUUAUAAUUAUAUGGUAUAUGCUCCUAAUUGUCGGAGUUGCGACUUUGAUCUCGUACGUCAAGUGGCUUCUUUAUUUCUCGAUUCCACGUCUACGGGACGACUACGUUAGUCAGUACAUUCAGGACAUUGCUCCAACUGAGAACGAUCAGUUCACCAAAUUCAUUAACAAAUACCUCAAAAACGACGGAUUCUUCAUUUGUCGACUUAUCGACCUCAACAUAAACUGCAUGAUGCUUGACACGGUUGUCAACAUUCUCUGGCAAGACUUUAAAAACAAGAAACUAAAUAAUUAA